AUGUCGGGGCUGGCCAACGCCAUCGGAUGUGAGGGGAAAGGCGGGGAGCUGGAGUUUGGGUGGAUGAAGGGUGAGAUGCAAGGUGGCGCGAAGAAGGGAGAGGGCGAGGCUUAUGGGGUGGAAGGCGAGGGCGAGCAGCUGGGCGAGAUUCCCGCGAGCCCGCGAAGUUACGCCCACUCCUCGCUCUGCAACUCCGGCUCCGACCAGUACGCGAACUUCGGGUACUCGGGUGCUAGGGUCUGCUGCGCGUGCGGCGGCGGAACCGGCCUGACGGCCACGAACACUUCGCAGACCAACACCUUCACUACGACGUUCACCUCGACGACCACGGCGACCUCGGAGUCGAACACCAGCACCCUCACGAGCACCUCCGAAACGUCCACCACCACGCUGACGAGCUCCUCUGGCUCGCCUACGUGGACGAGAACCACCGUGACGGUGACGACCGGCACGACGACGACCGCGACCCAGUGCGGCGACAUAGACCCGGUGGGCGAGGACAAGUGGUACGACUCGCUGGGGCCGACCUACGACUGCGAUUGGUUCGAGGCCAACAGCAACAAGUGCGGCGCGUUCGCGCUGGCAGGUCUGAACUUCAACAUGACCGCCAACGAAGCCUGCUGCGCCUGCGGUGGCGGGGUCGGCUACCCGCCCACCACCACGCAGACGGCCACGACCACCACCGGCUGCGUGGACUGGCAGCCGACGGCCCAGGACCCCUGGGAGGACGAGGACGGCAACGACUGCGUUUUCUACGCCCGCAUCUUCUCGUUGAGCGGGGACUGCGAUGGCUCCGCGGGCUUCGGCAGGGUGGCCAGCGAAGUCUGCUGCGUCGGCGCCGCAACGGCCCGGCGGCGGCUCGCGACGAUCUUUGAGCUCCAGCUUCUGGAGGCCUCUGCCGGACCUUCACCGAAACCUCGUUAG